AUGGGGCUGGUUUUUAUUCUCCAUCGCCUCCGUGAAGUGGACGGCUUUCUUGGGACGAUGAGGGCAGGCCUUCACUACGAUGGACGCUUGACAUUUUAUCCAGGAAACCAGACUGUGGAUUUGCCUUUCAUAAAUUUUAUGAAAAGAUACGGCACUGUCUUUCUCAACGCUUAUACCAAUUCUCCAAUUUGUUGUCCUUCCCGUGCAGCUAUGUGGAGUGGUCUUUUCACUCAUUUAACAGAAUCUUGGAAUAACUUUAAAGGUCUAGACCCAGAUUAUGUAACGUGGAUGGAUCUCAUGGAGAAGCAUGGCUACCGCACACAGAAGUAUGGGAAAUUGGACUAUACUUCUGGGCAUCAUUCAGUAAGUAACCGUGUAGAAGCCUGGACUAGGGAUGUUGACUUCCUGCUCCGACAAGAAGGGAGACCAGUGGUAAAUCUUACUGGUGAUAGGACACAUGUGAGAGUGAUGGAAGCAGAUUGGCGGAAUACUGAUAAAGCAGUAAAUUGGAUAAAGGAAGAAGCUAUUAACCUUACUCAACCAUUUGUUCUUUACUUGGGACUGAAUUUACCACACCCAUAUCCAUCACCCUAUACGGGAGAAAAUUAUGGAUCCUCUACAUUUUUGACUUCUCCCUAUUGGCUUGAAAAGGUAACUUACGAAGCUAUUAAAAUACCAAAGUGGUCGUCUCUUUCAGAGAUGCAUCCAGUAGACUAUUACUCAUCUUACACCAAGAAUUGCACAGGAGAGUUUACAAAGCAAGAAGUAAGAAGUAUUAGAGCAUUUUAUUAUGCUAUGUGUGCAGAGACAGAUGCCAUGCUGGGUGAGGUGAUUUCAGCUCUGAGAGAUACUGGGCUUCUUAAAAAAACGAUUGUUAUAUUCACUGCAGAUCAUGGGGAACUUGCCAUGGAACACCGGCAGUUCUAUAAAAUGAGCAUGUAUGAAGGAAGUUCCCAUGUUCCUCUUUUAGUUAUGGGGCCAGGCAUAGAAAAGCAGCAGCAAGUACCAAACAUGGUAUCUCUCGUGGAUAUAUAUCCUACUAUGCUUGAUAUAGCAAGAAUUCCUGUCCCACAAAACCUUAGUGGAUAUUCUCUUAUGCCGCUGCUACGUGGAAAGGCUGAAAACAAAGUCUCACCCAGAGGGCCUCGGCCCUUGUGGGUGUUGAGCGAGUUCCACGGAUGCAAUGUGAAUUCUUCCACGUACAUGCUUCGAACUGGCAAAUGGAAAUAUAUCGCGUACUCAGAUGGCCGUUCAGUCCUUCCACAGCUGUUUGACCUUUCUGAUGAUCCAGAUGAGCUAACAAACGUUGCCGUAAAAUUCCCAGUAAUUGUACAUUCCUUGGACAAAAUACUUCGCUCCAUAGUAAAUUACCCAAAGGUUUCUUCUUCUGUUCAUGAGUAUAACAAAAGACAGUUUAUGAGUUGGAAACAAAGUUUGGGUCAGAAUUACUCAAAUGUUAUUGCCAACCUUAGGUGGCAUCAAGACUGGUUAAAGGAACCAAAAAAAUACGAGAAUGCAAUUGACAAGUGGCUUAGUCGAAAUGAGUAA